AUGGCUACAAUUAUGUCGCAUAAUCUACCGUUGAUACCGCUGCCGCUGAAGGCAACUACGGCGGCAGCUUUGGCGAAGACGACCGCCGGGCUGAUGAUGUCCGGGUUGCUUGGAAAACAUCCGGUGGAGGAUAUGUACUCGAGUGGAGUAGUUGGUAUGCCGACGGAUCGUAGCAGCCCGGAUAUGACGAGUGAGGCUAGGUCUAGUCCGGAAUCGCUGAUGAUGGCCCAACCGAAGGAGCAAGAUGACGAUCGGAUGAGCUGUUGCAGUGAGGACAGUGAGCUUUCGGUAGGGCAGGAAGGGUUAGGCGAAAGUGAUAAAACUAUGAACAGUGAUGAAAAAAUGAGCGUUACAAGUGUCGGGUCGAGACUGGCUGGAGUAGAUAUGGAAAAGUUAAUUGAUAGACACAGUGUGGAAGCGUCGGAAGAGAUGAGCAAUGACUCUUCGAGGUACUCAAGUACAAAGGAACCGGUGGACGAUUAUAUGAAGAUUCCCGUGAUGAGACCUAGCCCUACCAGAUUGCACGAAGAGUUCCUAAGAAAUUCCCAGCUGUAUGCAGAAGAGCUGAUGCGACAACAAAUGCAGAUAGUUGCAGCAGCGAGAGGCUUGAAUUUGAGUCCAAAACCACUUGACUCUGCACUGGGAUUAGUUUCUCGGUUGCAGGAUAAUCGCAGCCCUGCCCGAUCAGCAUUUCCAGAAGAGCAACGAAUAGGAUUCCGACCGCACAUUCGAGGGGUGGCUGAACUCUACCAGGACCCAAAUCGAUGGUCUGAUGAACGAAGUGUUCGAUCGCCUCCAGAAUCAUCUUCCUUCCGUGGCAUUCACAGCCAUCUAAGCGCUAUCUCACAGAUAACACAAAACCUGAACAGUGACAUGAGCAAGCUUGCUUCCCCUUCUAGCCUAACCAGUAUGGCCUCACGUGAAAGUUCCCAAUCUCCACCUCAGGGUCACGCUCAACUGCUACAGUUGAACAACAAUAUAGCGCUGAACGAUCAGAACCUAAAAUUUAGCAUAGACAACAUUCUGAAAGCCGAUUUCGGCCGUCGGAUAACGGAACCACUGAAAAGAAGUGGAAAAAGUUACGCCAAAAAGCCGUCGGCAACGACGGAGAAAACGACUGCCGCGAUGGAUCUGAGUUCGAUGGAAAAACUUGGCUCCGGCUUGGUCGUAAAUGGCGCCAGCAGCGACAUGAAUGGCAACGGAGUUGGUGUUUGUUCUAGUGCCAGUGUUGCCAGCAGGAGCUUUAACACCAGUAGUUCUAGUGCCAGUGGAAGUGAAAUUGAAGUGCCCGCGUCUCCGCAAUCGUCAACCGGUUCGAUUAAGACCGGCGGCGGUGAUGGUGCUGGGAGCAGUGAACGAUCGGGAAACAGUGGAGGAGGCAGCGGCGGGCCGAUUGUAUGGCCCGCUUGGGUCUACUGUACCCGUUACAGCGAUCGUCCUAGUUCAGUUACAACAGCCAGGGGUGCAAUUGAAGAAGACUAUCUUCAUGUGACAGCAAAACUGCUGAUGAGCAGCGACUAUGCACUGCUGCUGCGGCUCGGGGCCAGUGCCUACUUGCUCAAUUGCUCACAGAAAGUAAUAAAACUGGCGGCUCGGGUUACGUUGCAGCAAAUGCUGCCGCGUUCAUUGACCAAUGCAGCAGCAGCAGCAGCGAAUUGCUUCAACGCUUCCUUUGAUCCCGCACGGAGACUGAUCGGUGGUGUCAGUUGUAAUCACUUAUCAAAACACACCUCUCGCACCUGCGAGAUUGCUGCAGUGCUGCUCAGUUCAUGCAGUUCCGUGGCGAUUGCUUCAUGGGCUACAACCAUGAGUGGUGUUCAGGUUGAGCACAUUGUUAUGUGCUGCCUGUGUACUGUGUAG